AUGUGGAGCAGUCGUUUUGUCACAACAGUAUGUGUGCGUGGUGAGACGGUGAGAGACACUCACUUUGCUUUCUCCGCCGCACGCCGCCGGCCGCCUUGUGUGGAGCAGGGCGCACGCCGCCGGCUGCCUUCUCUCGAGCAGGGCGCAUCCUCUCCCGCCACGACGUCUUCUGCCCCCCCUCCCCCUCCCCGCACCACCACCACCACCACCACGGCCUCACCCCGUCUCCUAUCCCCACGACGGCCUCGCCUCGCCGGCUCUUAUCCCCACCACGGCCUCGCCCCGCCGCCUCCUCUCACCACCGCGGACUUGUCUCGCCGCCAACCCCGUGGAUCUUCCCUAGAUCGACUCUGCCGCCGCCAUCAUACUGCCGCAGAGCAGAUCGAGAUGCGAGAUGCUGGACACGAUGCGGGAGCAGGCAUCUUGAAUUGGACCGAGAUCCAGUGCGUCGACCUCACACAGUCUCUCCGGGAAGGAGUUCGCAGCUCGCGUAGGUGUUCGGUUGCUGAAGGCACCUUCACCACAUUGUCAUUCAUUUGUGAGAUGUUUCUGUUUCUCUAUGUUGGCAUGGAUGCAUUGGAUAUAGAGAUUUGGAAGAUUGUUAGCGGAACACAUAUACAGGCAACUGCGGGGACUACCAACAGGCGGCGUACCUGCUACGUGUUGGUGAUGAGCAAGCUAGCCAAGGGGCAGCAUAGUGAAUCGAUGAAGAAGCUGGAAUCCUAAUAGGAGGAAUAUUUUCAACUAGUUUGUCGCAUGUUGGAGGAGGCUUGAAGUGGCGGUCGUAACACAGUCAGUUGGGAGGACCCAACGCCAGAGUCAAAAUUGUUGACAUUUUCUUUGUUAGAAACGGCUGUAUCUGGUGUUCUUAAUGAAGCUGGACCAUGAAGUGGAGUUAGAUCACUCAUUAUCACAUCAACAGGGGUGAUGACACCGGAGGUAGGGCAGCACGCCGGCUGGAGGCCGUCCACCGGGUGGAGGACGUCGCGGGCGCCUGGGGCGAGGGCGGCAUCGCGAAGAUGCCGGGGUGAGGAGAGGCAGCAAGUUGGGUGGAGGAUGUCCAGCGGGUCGAGGACGUCGCGGAGACCAGGGGCGAGGACGGCGGGGCGGCUGGCCGAGCGAGGCGGGGCUGAUGGCCGAGGGAAAAUAAUGUUUGGUCUUUUAAUAGUAAGUAUAGAUAUAGAUAUAGAUAUAGAUAUAGAAUAGAAGAAUAGAAGUAUAGAAGCCCCGGUUCCCUCCUUCGGCCAUGGGUUGUCAAAAAACUCGGAAAUUGUAUCCAGAGUCCAAGACACGUUCCAUCUUCGUUUUCUUUCUCCUCUUUCCCCACUAGACAAAUUGUGAAAACUUUCAUAGAAAUUUUAAUGGAUGCUUAUCAAGCUAGUAUAUGCAAACUUACC